AUGGCGCCAUCUGCAAUCGACGAGACGCCCAUCUCGACCAAGUCUCAGAGCCGAGAGCCUCUCAAGCUCUCUGGUGUCUUGGACAGCUAUGAGUCUUUUGACGUAACUCCAUCUAUUGGACGGGAGUUUCCCAAGGCCAACUUGGUGGAGUGGCUCAAUGCACCAAACUCGGAUGAGCUUAUCAGAGAUCUCGCCAUUACCAUUUCACAACGCGGCGUUGUCUUCUUCCGCGCCCAGGAUGAAUUAGAUAAUGAAUUGCAAAAGAAAUUGAUUCUCCGCUUAGGCGAGCUGACUGGUCGGCCCGCAACUUCUGGGCUCCAUAUUCAUCCUAUUCUGAACUCAGAGCGUGACCUAGGUGGAAGUGACCCAGAGAUCAGCACUAUCAGUUCUGUUCAACACAAGCAAAUCUACAAGAGACAGACAGAUGAUCAAUUAAGCGUGAAGAAGAGCAACAGCGCUCAAUGGCACUCCGAUAUUGCCUUCGAGCCUGUGCCGGCCGAUUACACCUCCUUGCGACUUGUAGAGCUCCCUUCAACUGGUGGUGAUACCCUGUGGGCUUCUGGUUAUGAGAUUUAUGAUCGCAUCAGUGAACCGUACCAAAAGUUUCUCGAAAGCCUCACGGUAACCUUCGAGCAGCCAUACUUCGCCAAAGUCGCACAGCAGGGUGGGUUUAGUCUAUAUGACAAGCAGCGUGGUGCGCCCGAGAACAUCGGCUCGGAGCUUAAGGCAAUUCACCCUCUCGUCCGAACAAACCCCGUCACUGGUUGGAAAAGUAUCUUUCCUGUCGGCGGCCACGUAAAGCACGUCAACGGAGUUACAGAAGAUGAGAGCAAGCAUCUUCUCAGUUGGUUCCUAGAUCUAGUCUACAAGAACCACGAUCUUCAGGUCCGACUAAAAUGGAAAAACAAGAACGACAUUGCUAUCUGGGAUAACAGGAGUGUGUUCCAUACCGCCACAUUUGAUUAUAACGGUCUUGGAGAUAGAUUUGGUAACAGAGCUGUUGGACUUGGCGAGCGCCCCUACUACGACCCCAAGAGCUCCUCGAGGAGGGUCGCACUGGGUCUUGAUUUCGUCCAGUAA